AAAUAGUUAAAACAUUUUUGCGGAAAAGGAUUUAAAUCGAAGAACCGAUUUAUUAAAAACAGUUCAAACAAACCAACGACAUUUAUUUGCACCGCAAUUAUGUCGAAAACCGAAGAAAAGUCUGGCGCCGUGGAGCCGACGGAGGAGAACUCUUUUUCUUUGCAAUUUUCACAGAAUGAGACAACUUCGGAUGCGGCGACCAGCUCGUCGGGCGAAAAGGAGGCGGAAUUUGAUAAUAAAAUAGAAGCUGAUCGCAGCAGGCGCUUUGACUUUUUGCUUAAACAAACCGAAAUUUUCACGCACUUCAUGACAAACAGUGCCAAGAGCCCCACAAAGCCCAAGGGUAGACCAAAAAAGAUUAAGGAAAAGGAGAAGGAGAAAGACAAGGAUAAGGACAAGGAUAAAGAUAAGGAGAAGGAUGUGGCAGAUCAUCGGCAUCGCAAGACCGAACAGGAGGAGGAUGAGGAGCUGCUUGCCGAGGACUCUACGGCCAAGGAAAUAUUUCGUUUCGAGUGCUCGCCUGCUUAUAUAAAAGGUGGCGAAAUGCGAGACUAUCAGAUCCGCGGUCUGAACUGGAUGAUUUCGCUUUACGAGAAUGGCAUUAAUGGUAUUCUGGCCGAUGAAAUGGGUUUAGGAAAGACACUUCAGACUAUUUCACUUUUGGGCUAUCUCAAACAUUUUAAAAACCAAGCAGGACCACACAUUGUCAUUGUGCCCAAAUCUACGCUUCAGAAUUGGGUUAACGAGUUUAAGAAGUGGUGCCCUUCGUUACGUGCCGUAUGCCUGAUUGGUGACCAGGACACUCGUAACACUUUCAUACGCGAUGUACUGUUGCCAGGCGAAUGGGAUGUAUGCGUCACCUCGUAUGAAAUGUGCAUACGUGAGAAGUCCGUUUUCAAGAAGUUUAACUGGCGAUAUCUAGUGAUUGAUGAGGCACAUCGCAUCAAGAACGAAAAGUCAAAAUUGUCGGAGAUUUUGCGCGAAUUUAAGACCGCUAAUCGUCUGCUUAUCACGGGUACACCACUGCAGAAUAAUCUGCACGAGCUGUGGGCGCUGCUGAAUUUCUUGCUGCCUGAUGUCUUUAAUUCGUCGGAAGAUUUUGAUGAGUGGUUUAACACUAACACGUGUCUGGGCGAUGACGCGCUCAUCAAGCGGUUACAUGCUGUUCUUAAGCCUUUUCUGCUGCGUCGUCUUAAAGCCGAAGUGGAGAAGCGUCUCAAGCCUAAGAAGGAACUUAAGAUCUUUGUAGGUCUGUCCAAGAUGCAGCGAGACUGGUAUACCAAAGUUCUUCUGAAGGAUAUUGACAUAGUGAAUGGUGCCGGCAAGGUGGAGAAGAUGCGUCUCCAAAACAUUUUGAUGCAGCUGCGCAAGUGCACCAACCAUCCGUAUUUGUUCGAUGGCGCCGAGCCGGGUCCACCCUACACUACCGACACUCAUUUGGUGUACAAUUCUGGCAAAAUGGCAAUAUUAGAUAAGCUUCUGCCCAAGCUACAGGAACAGAAUUCGCGUGUGCUAAUCUUUUCCCAAAUGACGCGCAUGCUGGAUAUCCUGGAGGAUUACUGUCAUUGGCGUAACUACAACUACUGCCGGCUCGACGGCAACACUCCGCACGAAGAUCGCAACAGACAGAUUCAGGAAUAUAAUGCUGACAACAGCACCAAGUUUAUAUUUAUGUUGUCCACACGUGCCGGCGGUCUGGGUAUCAAUUUAGCCACAGCCGAUGUGGUAAUUAUAUACGAUUCGGAUUGGAAUCCACAGAUGGAUCUGCAGGCCAUGGAUCGUGCGCAUCGUAUCGGCCAGAAGAAACAAGUGCGUGUGUUCCGUCUAAUUACAGAGAGCACUGUAGAGGAAAAGAUUGUGGAGCGUGCCGAGAUAAAACUGCGAUUGGAUAAGAUGGUCAUCCAGGGCGGCAGACUCGUCGACAAUCGCACUAAUCAAUUGAACAAAGAUGAAAUGUUGAAUAUCAUUCGAUUUGGAGCCAAUCAGGUGUUUAGCUCUAAGGAUACCGACAUAACCGACGAAGAUAUUGAUGCAAUUUUGGAGCGAGGCGAGACUAAGACCGCCGAGGACAAGGCCAAGUUAGACUCCAUGGGCGAGAGCUCGUUACGCACAUUCACCGUCGACACCAACGGUGAAGCAGGCACUUCAUCGGUGUAUCAGUUUGAAGGCGAGGAUUGGCGUGAAAAGCAGAAACUCAAUGCACUUGGCAAUUGGAUUGAGCCGCCUAAGCGUGAGCGUAAAGCAAAUUACGCUGUGGAUGCCUAUUUCCGUGAGGCCCUGCGCGUAUCCGAGCCGAAGGCACCCAAAGCUCCUCGUCCACCAAAACAACCAAUUGUGCAGGACUUUCAAUUCUUUCCGCCGCGUCUGUUCGAGCUUCUCGAUCAGGAGAUUUACUACUUCCGUAAAACCGUUGGCUACAAAGUCCCCAAGAACACAGAACUGGGCUCCGACGCUUCAAAGGUACAGCGCGAGGAGCAACGGAAAAUUGAUGAGGCCGAGCCACUUAGCGAAGAGGAGAUUCAAGAGAAAGAGACGCUUCUCUCACAGGGUUUUACUGCGUGGACCAAGCGUGAUUUUAAUCAGUUUAUAAAAGCGAACGAGAAGUAUGGACGUGACGAUAUCGAAAAUAUUGCCAAGGAUGUUGAGGGGAAGACGCCUGAGGAGGUUAUCGAGUACAAUGCCGUCUUUUGGGAGCGUUGCACCGAGCUGCAGGAUAUUGAGCGCAUCAUGGAUCAAAUAGAGCGCGGUGAGGGCAAAAUACGUCGUCGCCUGUCCAUAAAAAAAGCGCUUGAUCAAAAGAUGUCACGCUAUCGCGCACCUUUUCAUCAACUACGCCUGCAAUACGGCAACAACAAGGGCAAGAACUACACGGAAAUCGAGGAUCGCUUUCUGGUCUGCAUGCUGCACAAGCUCGGCUUUGAUAAGGAAAAUGUGUACGAGGAGCUACGUGCGGCCAUACGCGCUUCGCCACAAUUCCGCUUUGACUGGUUCAUCAAGUCUCGCACAGCUCUGGAACUACAACGCCGUUGUAAUACGCUCAUUACACUAAUUGAGCGCGAGAAUAUGGAGCUGGAGAAAAAGGAACGAGCCGAGAAGAAAAAGAAGACACCCAAGACUCCAGGCGGCAGCAGCGGAGGUGGCAACAACAACACCCCAGCAGCACCCCCGCAGCCGAAAGCGAAUCAGAAGCGGAAGAACGAGGUGGUGGCUACCAGUUCAAAUGCCAAAAAGAAGAAGAAAUAAAGAGACACAAUAUGCACCGACGACAUUUAUAUGAGAUUCAAUAAAUAUCCCCAUUUAUCGGACGUGACGUACAGCAUUAGUUACUGCUAUAUUACUUAAAUUUAAAUACAGAAAACAUACAAAUAUAUACAUACAUACUAGGUACUACGCCUUCGUACUCGCAUUAUGUGCGCCGUUGCCGCUGUAUUCUAUUCCACUUAUCUGUAUCGUUUUAAGCCUUAACUUAUGCAUAAUUAUCGUAAAUCAUUAUUUUUAAUAAACUAUAUAUUGAAAAGAGCA